CCCUGACCCAAGAUGGCGGUAAGAGGAGGAGAGAUGGAGUCACGUGACGCAGCUAGGCCCCGCCUCUUCGGGAGGAGAGAGAGCGGCGAAAGGACUCGCGAGGAAGAGGCUCGCCCGCAUAGGGAGGAGCCUACGCCAUGUGCCGCUCUGGGUGAGGAACGCCGCCAUGAAGCUCCUCCGCCUGCUCUGCCGCCACAAGACGGCCCUGGGCCUGGGUGGCCUCUCCCUCUUCGGGGUGGUGCUCCUCUACUUGGCCAAGUGCACCUCGGAAGGUCUGAAGCCCUCCCACGGAUGGGGCCUCCCGCACCAGCAGCAACCGCAGGCCGCCCCACAGCGACCGGGAGCAGCCGUGGGUGGCCCUCAGCCUCCGGCCGCCGCCCCAGCCCCAGCCCUUGAGGAAACGGCCUUCCUGGCGGUGCUGGUGGCCAGCGGGCCGAAGUACACCGAGCGGCGCAGCAUCAUCCGCAGCACCUGGCUCUCGGGGGGCAGCCGGGGCCGCGACGUGUGGGCCCGCUUCGCGGUGGGCACCGGGGGCCUCGCCGGGGAGGAGCUGCACGCCUUGGAGCUGGAGCAGAGCCGCCACCGGGACCUCCUCCUCCUCCCAGAGCUGCGGGACUCCUACGAGAACUUGACCGCCAAGGUGUUGGCUAUGUACGUCUGGCUGGACCAGCACCUGGACUUCCGCUUCGUCCUCAAGGCCGACGAUGACACCUUCGUCCGCUUGGACGUCCUGCUGGACGAGCUGCGGGGCAAGGAUCCGCGGCGGCUCUACUGGGGCUUCUUCUCCGGCCGCGGGCGCGUCAAGUCCGGCGGGAAGUGGAAGGAGAACGCCUGGCUGCUGUGCGACUACUACUUGCCCUACGCCCUCGGGGGCGGCUACGUCCUCUCCGCCGACUUGGUCCGCUAUUUACGCCUCAGCCGGGACUUCCUCAACCUAUGGCAGAGCGAGGAUGUCUCCUUAGGCGCCUGGCUGGCCCCGGUGGACGUCCGGCGGCUGCAUGACCCCCGCUUCGACACGGAGUACAAAUCCCGAGGGUGCAACAACAAGUACAUUGUGACGCACAAGCAGAGCAUCGAGGACAUGCUGGAGAAGCACCAGACUCUGGCCAAAGAAGGGAAGCUGUGCAAGGAGGAGGUGAAGCUCCGCCUGUCGUACAUCUACGACUGGAGCGUGCCCCCUUCGCAGUGCUGCCAGAGGAAAGACGGCAUCCCUUGAGACCUUUUGUGAAGGGGUGGGUUGUGCCAGCAGAGAGAUGGAUGGAUAUGCUUCAUAUUGCCAUACCCUCCAGACAUUUCCCACAUGAUACAUAUUGGGUGGGUUGCACGAGCAGAGAGACGGAUAUGCCUCACGUUGCCAUACCCUCCGGACAUUUUCCACACUAUGUGUUUGGUGGGUUGCACGAGCAGAGACAUGCUCAAUGUUGCCAUACCUUCCGGACAUUUCACACACCAUAUGUCUUGGGUGGGUUGCACGAACAGAGAGACGGAUAUGCUCCACGUUGCCAUACCCUCUGGACAUCUCCCACAUGAUACAUAUUGGGUGGGUUGCACGAGCAGAGAGAAGAAUAUACCUCAUGUUGCCAUACCCUCCGGACAUUUCACACACAAUUUGUGAUGGGUGGGUUGCGCCAACAGAGAGACGGAUAUGCCUCAGGUUGCCAUACCCUCCGGACAUUUUCCACACUAUGUGUUUGGUGGGUUGCACGAGCAGAGACAUGGAUAUGCUCAACGUUGCCAUACCUUCCGGACAUUUCACACACCAUAUGUCUUGGGUGGGUUGCACAAACAGAGAGAUGGAUAUGCUCCACGUUGCCAUACCCUCCGGACAUUUCCAACACCAUACAUGUUGAGUUGAGUGGGUUGCACGAGCAGAGAGAUGGAUAUGCUCAAUGUUGCCAUACCCUCCGGACAUUUCCGACACCAUACAUGUUGAGUGGGUUGCAUGAGCAGAGUGAUGGAUAUGUUCGAUGUUGCCAUACCCUCCGGACAUUACUCACACUAUACGUCUUGGGUGGGUUGCACAAGCAGAGAGAUGGAUAUGCUCCACGUUGCCAUACAUUUCACACACAAUACGUAUUGGCUGGGUUGCAUGAGCAGAGAUAUGGAUAUGCUCGAUAUUGCCAUACCCUCCGGACAUUUCCCGCACAAUAUGUGUUGGGUGAGUUUCACGAGCAGAGAGACCGACAUGCCUCAUGUUGCCAUACCCUCCGGACAUUACUCACACUAUACGUCUUGGGUGCGUCACACGAGCAGAGAGACGGAUAUGCCUCACGUUGCCAUACCCUCCGGACAUUUCCUGCAUAAUAUGUGUUGGGUGGGUUGCACGAGUAGAGGGACAGAUAUGCCUCAUGUUGCCAUAACCUCUGGACAUUUCACACACAAUAUGUGUUGGGUGGGUUGCACGAGCAGAGAGAUGGAUACGCUCCACGUUGCCAUACCCUCUGGACAUUACCCACACAAUACGUCUUGGGUGCGUUGCACGAGCAGAGAGACGGAUAUUCUCCACGUUGCCACACCCUCCGGACAUUUACCACACAAUACGUCUUGGGUGGGUUGCACGAGCAGAGAUUUGGAUAUGCUCCACAUGGCCAUAUCCUCCGGAUACUUCACACACAAUACAUAUUGGGUGGGUUGCACCAGCUGAGAGAUGGACAGGCCUCAAGUUGCCAUACCCUGCGGACGGAGCCUUUGAACUAACUUGACAAUACGUGUUGGCCCACAUUGUGUCACGGUUACCUCUCAGAGUUCUCCGACUCCGAAGAGAACAAGUUGCGUGUCUGAGAAAGGGAACAAAACAUGUUGUGGGGUCGUCAAAAAACCCUAAACAAUUGUAUAGUUUUCGUAAAUAGUUGUGCAUACUAAUUCUUCACAGAUUCAGGAGCUGCUACUAUAAGGACAUCCCCUUCUUCAGAAGGAGUUUUGGGCAAGGAUGUAACCAAAUCGGUCCAGGAAUGGGCAAACUUCGGCCCUCCAAGUGUUUUGGACUACAACUCCCACAAUUCCUAACAGCCGGGAGUUGUCGUCCAAAACAUCUGGACACUUAUCUGUUUAUUAUGGUGAUUAUUUAUUUAUUCAGUGUCGUACUUGUACUGUAUAUAAUUGGAAAAAUAGCGGUAAUUCUAAAUUAUUUGAAGCGCCAUCGCUAGUAUUGAUCAAACGGUACAGUUUUGUUAUUUAACGUUCUCCCAAAUCUUCUGCAUGUAUCUCGGGGAAGCUUGUAAACAAAGGACAUACCAGACACUCCUCUGAGUCCAAAUAUCAGCGCUUUCCGGAAAUGA